GGCAUUUUGUUCUCCUCCUGAUCAAAGAUGGAUCUGCAAAUCUCAGUUUUUCUUCUGUUCGUUCUUUUCACUGCAGGGCACUCUCUCUACUGUUAUGAAUGCAUGACGGAUUAUUGUGAAGACACAUUAGUGAUUUGUCCUCGGACAGCUUCAACGUGCAAGAGUGCAACAAUGGUGACACAAAUUGGCUACUACCAUACAGAAAAGAAUGUUAAAGGUUGUGCUGCUGAUUGUCAUAGUGGAUCCAUGAAUCUCGGUCCUGUAAAGUCAUCUUAUUCCUGCUGUCACACUUCCUUCUGUAAUACUCGAGAUGCUCCAGAUCCCAGAACUUUGAUGCCCAAUGGACUGAUAUGUUACUCUUGUGAUGGCAGCAGCUGCUCAAACAUUAUGAGCUGUUCAGGGAGUGAAGACCGCUGCAUUACAUUAACAGAACUUUCUGAAGGCCAGACAGUAGUUGUAAAAGGAUGUGCUUCUAGAUCCCUUUGUGAUUUUUUAUCUACUACUGAAAAGUAUUCCUCAUGUUGUGAGGGACACUUGUGUAAUGAUGAAGUGAGCGCCAUCAGGAGCUCUAUGUAUGACGGUGAAGAGAGCAUCACUCAGAGCUCCAUGUAUGACGGUGAAGAGAGCAUCACCCAGAGCUCUAUGUAUGACGGUGAAGAGAGCGUUUUCCAGAGCGUCACUGAAGGCUUCGUCCAGAGUGUGACCCAGAGCUCCAUGCAUUACAGUAAUAAAAGUGUCUUGCGGAGCGUCACUGAAGGCUUCAUCCAGAGCAUUACUAAGAGCUCCAAUCAUAAAAGUCGUAAAAAUGACAAGAAGAACUUCCUGUAUGAUAAUGCUAAAAGUAACAAGCAGAGCUCUGCAAAUAACGAAGCUAGAAGAGUCACUCAAAGCUUUCUGAUCCUCUGUUUUCUGCUCUCCGUCAUAACGAUGCUCUAAUAUCCUGCAGCUCUGCAGAUUGUGAGCCGCUAUACUGGAUGUGGCUUUUAUUUUUUGUGCUAAGAAAUUAUAGCAGAUUUCAAUCCUGUGUUAGCAUUCUGCUUUAAAGUUUAGUCUAAUGUUUUAAUGAUUGCAGAGCUUAAACAAAGCCAGUUUCAAUCCUGCAUUAUAAGAAAUAAACAGAUGUAUUGAAAAAACAAUAAAAACUUGAAGAAGAAACAA